AUGAGUGAUGAUAGGCUUGAGUGUGUUAUCCAUCAUGGGGGUGGGUUUGAUGAGUUUAACAGAUAUGGUUACAAUGGUUUAGAGGAGAUUUGGCAGGUUGACCCAGACUUUUGGAGUUAUUUUGAGAUUCUAGGUGGGUUGAAAGAUUUAGGGUAUCCAAAAGUUGAGAGUUUAUGGUAUUAUGAUGUAAUGGAUGAUAAUGAGCUAGUGAUGUUGCAAGAUGACGCGUGA